GCUCAAAUCCAACAAUCAACGUAUAGAUAAAGUGAGAUCUCUGAGAUAAGGCAAUCGACUACCUGACUGCUAAACGCGCCCGACCUGAUCAAUUUGGCCACUCUCGAUAUAAUGCGCAAACGACACAAUUUAUGAGAUAUAGGACUUCUUUUAUUUGAAUUUCCUUUUAACAAAGCCACGCAUCUUACGGGGAGCUACCAGUGGUCUUUGAAAUUUACUCCUUACAUUUUAAUACGUGGCUUUGGAUGAACCGAUGAAAUGCGUUAUGUAAUUAAUAACUAUGUAUUUUUCUGCCCCACCCAAAAAAAACUAUGUAUUAUUUUGCCUUGAAAAAAUAAUCAUGUAUUUUAAAAUUUUAUCUGAAGUGUGGCGUGUGCCAUUAUAUCGUCAUUUUUGUGAUUCCCCCGAGUGAGAGCAAGAUUCCGCAGUCUGUGGUCUUGCAAACGAACUCAUUGCAAACUGUUCUUUUUAUUUUUUCCCUUUUUUUGGUAGGCAGUCUUUCAAACUGUUUUUCGUCCUCGUCCAAAAACAUAACUGUUUUUUCCUUCUCCUUGCACUCAGCCCUUCCAGUUUCGCAGGUCGGUGUUUACCAGUACCGUUCGGGCGAUGAUAGUUCUUCCUCUACCAUUAUCAUCGUCGUUAUCAUCCGUUGGUUUUCUUCCAACGUCGCCGCCAUUGGGGACCGCGGCGGUUUCGAGGUCAAGAUGUCCAUAUAAGCUCAAAGCCAGAGUCCCACCCCAGUCGGCACUGGUGGAGGCUAGGCCGGUUCAAGCGGUGGGAGACAGAGGGGGCAAUUAUGUCAUUCAGAUAUUGGAAGGGAAUGGCUCUCUCUCGUCUUCUUCCAGUAAGGUUCGUGCCAACGACAUGCAAGCCGAGGCCCGGGCCAUGGCCCGCGCAGCCAAUUCUUCCGUCUAUAGCCCUGAACUUCUUGCCCAAAAAUACGGUUCUCGCCCCAUCAAGGCUUUGCGGAGGACACUGGAGAUUUUGGUAAGCCUGGGUACCUUCGCCUUCAAACUGUUGCUGGAUGAAAGGAAUGGGCAGCUCGAACGGAACAAGCGUAUGCGAGCUGCGGAGCUGAAAAGGAUUUUCACGAGAUUGGGCGCGACUUUUGUCAAAGUUGGUCAGGGCUUGUCAACUAGACCCGAUAUCUGCCCGCCUGAGUACCUAGAGGAGCUCUCUGAAUUACAGGAUGCUCUGCCAACAUUUCCAAAUGAAGAGGCAUUUUCGUGCAUUGAAAAGGAGUUGGGAAUGCCACUUGAAUCCAUUUACUCGUUCAUAUCUCCUUCUCCAAUCGCAGCAGCCAGUUUAGGCCAAGUGUAUAAAGCUCAACUGAAUUAUUCUGGACAGGUUGUUGCUGUGAAGGUACAGAGACCUGGUAUUGAAGAAGCUAUAGGGUUGGACUUUUACUUGAUAAGAGGCCUUGGGUUUCUAAUAAAUAAAUAUGUGGACAUAAUAUCCAGUGAUGUUGUUGCUCUUGUCGAUGAAUUUGCAUGUAGAGUUUAUCAAGAGCUUAAUUAUGUACAGGAGGGUCAGAAUGCACGGAGGUUUAAAAAGCUAUAUGCUGACAAAGAGGAUGUGCUUGUCCCAGAUGUCUUUUGGGAUUACACCAGUGGGAAAGUACUAACAAUGGAGUGGGUGGAUGGUGUCAAAUUAAAUGAGCAAGAAGCCAUUGAGAAGCAAGGUUUAAAAGUCUUGGAUUUGGUCAAUACAGGUAUCCAAUGCAGCCUUAGGCAGUUGCUUGAGUAUGGUUAUUUUCAUGCAGAUCCUCAUCCUGGUAAUCUCCUCGCAACUCCAGAGGGAAAACUUGCUUUUCUUGAUUUUGGGAUGAUGAGUGAGACUCCAGAAGAAGCAAGAUUUGCUAUUAUUGGUCAUGUUGUUCACAUGGUUAAUCGGGAUUAUGAAGCUAUGGCUCGUGAUUACUAUGCUUUGGAUUUCUUAUCUCCAGAGGUAGAUGUUUCUCCAAUUGUUCCAGCACUUCGAAACUUCUUUGAUGAUGCACUUAAUUCUACUGUCAGUGAACUCAACUUUAAAACAAUUGUGGAUGGUUUGGGCGCUGUUUUGUAUCAAUAUCCAUUUAAUGUCCCAGCAUAUUAUGCCUUGAUAUUGAGGUCACUUACAGUACUGGAAGGCUUAGCUCUUUAUGCUGACCCUGACUUUAAGGUGCUGGCUGCUUCAUAUCCAUAUUUUGCUAAAAGGCUACUCACUGAUCCAAAUCCAUAUCUUAGAGAUGCUCUUAUUGAGUUGCUGUUCAAGGAUGGAAGAUUUAGGUGGAAUAGGCUCGAAAACCUAAUCGUUCAGGGAAGGAAGGACAGGGAUUUUUCUGCUAAAGAUGCCUUGCAACCUGUUUUGAAGCUAUUACUAGGCCCAGGGGGUGAAGAGCUAAGAACUUUAGUUAUUAAGGAGGCCAUCCGUGUAGCUGAAGCUAUUAUUUUUGGCACAAUGAUUGAUACAUAUAGUUCCAUCCCUAGUUUUAUAAGGAGUUUAAUGUUCAACAAUAGUGCAGUUGGACUUAAUGUUGUGAGUAGUAGUGAGCAGGAAAGCAUGCUAGAACUUCGAGAUCAAGUGUUCAGAAUAUGGGUGCUCUUGCAGUCGUCAAAGAAUUUUGAUCCAGCCCUUCUGCAACCUAUCGUACAGGGCUUCAUAGAUGGAGUAACUUUCUUGGUGAGAAAGCAAGGGUGGAAAAGCUCAUUGUGUACUUCAAAUCAGAAGUAUGAGACAGUGCUUCAAUGUAACAGGAAGAGAUGGUGUGUAAUUGUUACAAAAGUAUUCAAGGAAGGUAAGAAAACAAAUGAUUUGUUUACUGGAGGGAAAAGAGUGCAAAGGAUGGAAGAUGGUUACAAAGAACAUGCAACUUUACUUGGUCCAUAUGGACAAAGGACACUUGAGGAGGAGUAGAAGGAAGCUUCGGUAGAUGGUGAUUGCUUUCAUGGAAGGGAUGAAAACCUAGUCACCAUUAGAGGUGAGUCUGGUUCCAGCAAUGGAGGUGAAGAGGAAAGGGAAAUGGUGUUAGUAGCUAGCUCACAAUGAACACAAAAUGUCAAUGGAGGUGGAGAAAGGGAACUAGGUCAAAAGAUGUGUAAUUACAGCAAAAGAAAAAGUAAAUGAUUGGUGGCCAGUGCUAGAUUCAGUAAUAGAAGAGCUCUAGAUCAAAAACAUGGCGGCUUUACUCCCUUUCUCUGAGAACAGAGUCAUCGUAGACAUCUAUGAUGAGGUGGUAGAGGUCUCAAUGGUGAAAACAGGGGAAGGCUUGGCGUUGUUUGAGAGAUGGAAGAUGUCUUGUAAUGAAAUAGUUUUAAAUAAAUUGAGUAAAAUGGUGAAAAUGAUGGGGAUGCAUUCAAUCUCUGGAAAGGAGUCGUUUUAGAAAAAAAAAAUUGCAGAAGCUUUGGGAGGAACUCUAGAAGAUUACAACUUUGAAGACUUAUUUUCAGUAAAGAUUAAGCUCCUCAGGGUGAAACCGGAAUGCAUUCCUCACUCUUGUGACUUACUGAUAGAGGGACGGUGGAGGAGAACAUGGCUAGCGGCGGGAAUUGAAGCAUUGCUCUAAAAGGGCUGUUGAAAGCUUGAAGACAAAGCUGAGCUUGCCAGUUGGUCCUCACAUGGCAAUAGGAGAAUGGCUGAAGAGGAGAAGAGGAAGACCAGAAUAAAUAUGAAGGGAAACAGUCCUAUUCUGGGAGGAGGUGGAUUCUUUGCAUGAAGAGGAAGACAUUCCGUGGUGUAUAGCAGGAGAUUUCAACGUCAUAAGAUUCAGUCAAGAGCACUCAAGGGGCAGAGCCUUAACUAGAAGCAUGAGGAAUUUUUCCAGAUUCAUUUCCAGACACAACUUGUGCAAUCUUCCGUUCAAGAAUGGACAGUUCACCUGGUCAAAUAUGCAGGAAAAUUACAUCAGUUGCAGACUUGACAGAUUUAUCCAUUUCAAGAAUGAA